GCCGAGAAGUGCCAGGAGCAGUGCCAUCUAGCGGACGCGCGGGCCUUGGCACCCGAGCCCCAUGAGGUCACCGCCCCGAGGGAUCGGGAGACACACAGAGACCGAGACCGGGAUCGGGGUGUGAUUGACUAUGACCGGGAUCGAUUUGAUAGAGAACGCCGACCUCGAGAUGAUAGGACUCAGUCAUAUCGAGACAAAAAAGACCAUUCCUCAUCCAGAAGAGGGGGAUUUGAUAGGCCAUCCUAUGACCGGAAGUCUGACCGACCAGCCUACGAAGGUCCAUCCAUGUUUGGAGGAGAACGAAGACCUUACCAAGAGGAACGAAUGCCCCUGCCAGCUCCUUCACUAAGCCACCAGCCACCUCCAGCUCCACGGGUUGAGAAGAAACCCGAAUCUAAGAACGUGGAUGAUAUUUUGAAACCCCCUGGCCGAGAGAGCAGACCUGAGCGAAUUGUUGUUAUAAUGAGAGGAUUGCCUGGCAGUGGAAAGACACAUGUUGCAAAGCUUAUUCGAGAUAAAGAGGUAGAAUUUGGAGGACCUGCACCUAGAGUUCUAAGCUUAGAUGAUUACUUCAUCACUGAAGUGGAAAAAGAAGAAAAAGACCCAGAUUCUGGAAAGAAGGUGAAAAAGAAGGUCAUGGAAUAUGAAUACGAAGCUGAGAUGGAGGAAACCUACCGCACCAGCAUGUUCAAAACUUUCAAAAAGACUCUGGAUGAUGGCUUCUUCCCCUUUAUCAUCCUGGAUGCCAUCAAUGACAGAGUUAGACAUUUUGACCAGUUCUGGAGUGCAGCAAAAACCAAGGGUUUUGAGGUAUAUUUGGCUGAAAUGAGCGCAGAUAACCAGACUUGUGGCAAGAGAAAUAUUCAUGGAAGAAAACUUAAAGAAAUAAAUAAGAUGGCUGACCACUGGGAAACUGCACCUCGUCAUAUGAUGCGCCUGGACAUUCGUUCUCUGCUGCAAGAUGCUGCUAUUGAGGAGGUAGAGAUGGAGGAUUUUGAUGCAAAUAUCGAAGAACAGAAGGAAGAAAAGAAAGAUGCAGAGGAAGAGGAAAGCGAACUGGGUUACAUUCCGAAAAGCAAAUGGGAGAUGGACACAUCUGAGGCCAAGCUAGACAAGUUGGAUGGCUUGAGAACUGGUACUAAAAGGAAACGUGACUGGGAGGCAAUUGCCAGCAGAAUGGAGGAUUAUCUUCAGCUCCCUGAUGAUUACGACACUCGUGCUUCUGAACCUGGGAAGAAGAGGGUGAGAUGGGCGGACCUGGAAGAAAAGAAGGACGCAGAUAGGAAAAGGGCCAUAGGUUUUGUGGUCGGACAGACUGAUUGGGAGAAGAUCACAGAUGAAAGUGGUCACCUGGCUGAGAAAGCCCUCAAUCGAACCAAAUAUAUAUGAUACUUAGUUUUUGAACGGAGUCAUUGUUCCUCUAAGGUGGUUCGCUUUGAGGUGAUCUGAAGCCACGACCUCAUGGAGCUUCGUUGUGUGUCACCUUGCCUUCCACGUUUCGGUUUUUGUUUUGUUUCUACCACUUUAGUUUUUUAAAGUUCUCCAGUGUCCCCAAGAGGUAUUAGAAUCUUGCUGUACCCAAGCAAGACAUUAAUUUUUCUUUUUAACUAUUUUGGGGAGGGAGGGAGUGAUAGCUUAACUGCUGAAGCCAGGUGGAGGGUCUGCUGGAGGAUUCCACCAGAAAACAUUUCCUCCGCUGUACAAUGUCACAGACUAUCUCUAUCAUCAUUGCUUUGUGGCUGUUUUUGUUUUUUACUGUAUGUAACUGGUAGCUGAUUGUACUAGGAUUAAAAACAAUAAACUUUCACGAUAAAGC